CUUUGCCUGCCUUGCUUCCUUACCUUGCCAAGCUGCACCCCGGUGGGCAUUAAACCCUGUGGAGAAAAGCUCGCACUUCUACAGGGGAACACUGCCCAUUCUCAGAGCCGGCACGAUGCCCUAUUUACACUCUGUGCCACACAGGCGAUGAGCAAAACAGCCCCACUCACAGCAACGCCUUGAUGGAGCCAAUGAUAGAGUCGGUAUUCGCUGUCCUCCAGGAGGCUGGGAAGAAUGACAUUGCAGGAUAUACAGGGGACUGCAUUUUGAAUAACUACGAGGAAGAGGAAGGAAUCCCUGAAGAGCUUAAGCAAGAUGUACUGCCUCAGCUACCAGAAGCCCACAGCCCAGACAUGGGGCCAGCCAGUCUGCAAAGGCAGCAGGAGGAAGCCUGUAACAGCCCCUUUCACCAAAAAAGAGGCUUCAGGAAACCCACCCUCAUUACUGAUAGCCAGAAAGCACUCACAGAAGAGAAACCCUGCAAGUGUACAGAAUGUGGGAAGGGCUUUAAGGGGUGUUCCAGGCUCCUGAACCACAUGCGAACCCACACGAGAGUGCAGAAGUUUAAGUGUGUAGAAUGUGGGAAGAGCUUCAGCAGGAAGGCCAGCCUAGUGUCGCACCAGAGAGUCCAUACAGGGGAGAAGCCCUACAAAUGCAAAGAAUGUGAGAAAACCUUUGGCCAUGCCUCAAACCUUACCGCUCACCGUAAAACCCACACAAAAAAGAAAGCCUUUUCCUGCACCACAUGCAGGAAAAGCUUCAGUGGCAGUGCAGCUCUCUUCCACCAUCAGAAAGCCCAUAUGGAUGAGAAGAAGUUCUUUAGGUGUACCGAGGGUGGAAAUAGCUUCCGUCUGUACUCCAACUUCAUCAAACAUCAGGGGACUCAUUUAAGAGAAAGAGCCAGUGAACAGACAGCAGAUGCAAACCGUUCUGGAUUUACAUCUCUUCAUCAUAAAGAAGAGCAAGGUUGUGGUGCAGGGGAACCUGAGACAGUUCACUUGAAUCUUGUUCUUGAAGAGUUGCAGAAAAUGAGGGAAAAUAUGGAUAUGCUUCUUCUAAAUCAGCAAAGUCAGCUGCAGGUCCUGCAAGAAAUUCAGAAACAACUGACCAUACUUCUCUCAGGCAAUGAUCUCAUUAAUUCAACUGUUUGUACUUUACGACUUCUUCUAGAACGGCAGGCAGCUGCAGCAGCAUCUCUUUUAUUUCCCCUUCUUAAUCCCAGCAGUUUUCCCCCUGAAAAUGCCAGUCUCUUAUCCCAGUCAUCACCUGGAAGUCUGCCUCCCACUCCCUGCUCAGUCUCUCAAAAUCCUGCCUCUUCUACAGCUUGAUCAGCUUUGUGCUGUGAAUGUAUCCAAUGUAGACAAAUGUGGCUAUUGUUUUGUGCUGUUUUGUCAUUCAAACAUAUUAUCUCUUGUGUUGUAAUGUUGAAAUUGUAGUAGCUGUGAAGAUGCUGACCAUACACUCAAACCUGGAAAGAUACAUGCCUUGGAUCCAUCAGCAAACAACAGCUGGCCAAAUCCACUGCCCAUUCAUUUGUUGUGGCAUGCAGACAUUUUGACCAGUAAUGUGUUUUGUCAGGACAGCUCAAGAUCUUUUAUCACUGGGGUGUAGUUAAGUGCUACAUCCUUAUAUAAGAUGAUGCAUAAAACUUAAGCGUAUUUUUCUACCUGGUACGCCUUCAGUAUGUACUUGGGCAAUUGAACCUCUCCUAACAAGCUGAAGCUGAUGAUAAAAUCAUCAGGGGUGCUUUAAGCAGCUCCUAGUAAGUCUGAUUCAUGUAGAAGUAAGCAACGUGUAAGAAGUUCAAUUUAACUGCACUUCUGUUCCCAGCAUCCAUUUGUGAAAGGUUCCUUCAUUCAGGAAGGCUUUAGAUUAGGUGACUAUAGCUGUGUUUUAGGCCAGCAUCACUACUGAAACUGCAAAAAGUAUUUUAUGGAUUUUUGCUUAAAAUUAACAAACUCCCACCCCUCUCUUCCCCCCCCCCCCAAGCCCUAAACCAAACAAAAACCCACCAACCAAAAAAAUAAAACCAACCCCAAACAAACCACCACCCCACCCCCCCAAAAAACCCCAGACCCAAAACCUCAACACAAUACCACCAUUCAGGUCUACUUUGCUUGUUAAAAGUUUGAGGAAAAGCCAGGUUGGUUUAUAGAACACUUGUUCUUUUGUUCAAAGGUGGACUUGCUUGAGUCUCUUUUUUAUGUGUGCUGUUACAUCCUGUUUGGAUUAUUAUUACAAAUUGUUAACUACAGUGUGUUAGUUCACUGAUGUUAGGACUUGGUAAAUAAUUACCUGUUGGGGAGGAGCACUGGAAAGCUCAGGUGCACCAUCUUGUCUGCAGAGGAGAUGGUGAUGUUUAUUUUUUGCUUCUGUUCCUGCAGGACUCUGAUAUGGGUCCCUUUAAAGCUAAUAAGUGUAGGGUUUUAAGAAGUGUUAGUUCUUUCUACCCCUUUUUUUUCUCUCAGUGACUCAGGCUAGUAGCAGUGUCAGAGCCUUUGAGUGCCAAAAAGCUAAGUGUGACUUAAUCUGACAACAGUUGGGAUAAAGAAAUUUAGGGGCUAUGCCAAAGUCUUUCUCUUGAACUGACAUUGUGUUUGUGGGUUGUUGGUUUUGUGUUUUUUUUAUUUUGGUAAAAGGACUGUUAGUAAUUACUAAAAUCAGAUUUAGAUUACAAGAAUGGGAAGCAUUUCUUCUCCUAACAAGUUGUCUUGUUGGUGACAGUGCAGUGAUGUCAGAUUUUGGUCCAAAGAUAAAAGUCUGUGGGAUGAUGCGUGACUCUCUUUCUCUAUGUGUGCACACAGACUGUGAAAAUUACACACUGGUUCUUAUUAUGUAGGAUUUUGUAUUAGCCUUAACUCAGUAGGAUAUUCAUCUAAGCCAGACUGAGAGACCUUAAAGGGCAGUCUUCUGGUGUGAAUUUGUACUGAAGUGUUUGGUGUGUGUUUUCCCCUCAGUUGAGCAUAUUAAUUGUGUGGCUCUAGACUUAAAAGCUCCAAUAACAGUUGCUGAUGUUCUAUGGAAACUGUAGGAUGCCUGCCAUUCAUAAUUUCUUGAACGUUUAAUGUAAUUUUGCUUAGAAGCUGAAUCCCCUCUUCAAAGCAAAGUUUUGUAUUGUAGUGUUUUUUAAGAUGUUCAGUAUUAAAAUGAUGUGUUUUUGUUAGAAAUGA